UAGCAGCGGAGAAAGCGUCAAAAUGUCGGGCCAAGGAGGGUUUUGGAAUGCACCAAAGGUGGUGUAUAGUAAACAAACUCAAACUUUACUAUCAGGUUUGUUUAAUGAAAAAAAUAUUCCAUCAAAAUAAAAAUUACCUAAAAAUUAAAUUUUUAUUAUUUCAAUAGUAUGAAUGAAGAUUAGUUUUUCUCCAUAAUAUUAUUAAUAGCAUUACCAAUUUACUUAAAAGAAAUUUCGCCUAAUUAAUAUUUGGCUUUGUUUACUAAUUUUAGUAAUAAUAAUAACAAUAUUAGAGAUUAGACUCAUUAGUAUUAAUUAUUAGUUAUAGUAAAGUUAAAGUAUAUGCCUCUAGGCUAGGUGACCAAACGUCCCGUACAAACGGGAUUGUCUCAUUUUUUCAUGAUCGUACCCAGUGUCCCAAAAAAGUCUCUCGGGACGCCUAAAUGUCCCGUUUUUAAAACCUAACACAUUUUAAAUCACUAAAACUUCCCAAUUUAUAAUAUAACUUCAAGUAAUAUUUUGGCUAGCUGUGUAGCUAAUGCCAGUAGUGAUGUGGGCUAGCGUGAUGGCUGCACUGUUCCCCCUCCACCACUCUGCUGACGCUGCGUAAAUGGCAGUGUCUCUGCCAUAGCUCAAUAGAUCUUAUUAUGUUGUAAAAUGUGUAUAAAUCAAUAAGUAUUUACUGUUCUUUGUUUUCGUUUAUGAUAUGCCUUGGAGUUUAAAUUAAAUUACAAAAGUGAAGGUAAAUUUUAAAAGAUUUUUUAAGUCUCAAAAUAGUUAACACCAGUAACAGAAACAUUGCAAAUCCCAUCUACAUGCAUAGGAGCCAAAAUGAUCAAUAAAUUGAUUGUGGGCCCUUAAGAUAUAGAAGAAGAAGAAGUUACAAUUAGCAUAUUUCAAUAAACAGUUUCCGGUAGAGGACCCCCGGACCCCUCUUUAGCUGGAGGGUAUUCCCCCAACCCUCCAUGUGUGUGUCCCGUUUUAUCCAGUUCAUGAUUUGGUCACCCUACUCUAGGCCUAUUUUUUGUAAAAUUAUAUAAAAUAGGCCUUGGAGCUAUAGGCUAGAUAGGGCUUAACAGUCUGUUAGGCUACCACUCAGUUUAAGCUGGCCUAAUAUUUAAUAAUAUUAAAUUAGUAGUAGAAUACUGGGGCACUAAAAAUAAAUGAGUAAUUCAUAAAUUGAGUAGCCUGCUGUUUGUCCUUUGCAAACAAAUAGGACCAAGGCUAUAUUUUGAUGACGAGUAUGCAGGUGGCUUGCCAGUCUUAUUUGCGCUCGGAAAGCUUUUCUGCAUGUAAGACAUAUGUUUUGGGGUCCUAGAUGGAUUGGAGGCGAUUUUGAUUUUCCUUGCUGUGCAUCUUCUUUUUGCAUCAUUGUUGCAUUUACUCUCUGAGGAUUGUACUCCAACAGUGAGUCUGCCUAACCAGCUUGUAAAUCCACAGCAUUUCCUAUGAAUUUAGGUUUUGAAUGAAGCUUUUAGAUAAUUUUAAAAGUGUUUUUUCUUCCACCCAGCUGAUUGUUUCUAUCUGGAAAGUUCCCCAAAUAUUAGUUGUUCAGGAAGUCUGCUGUCUGGCAUUCUUGCAACAUGUCCUGCCCAUCUGGCUUAUACUUUUUGUAUGAACGUGUGGAUCCUGAUAAAGUCAACCUGUUUUAGGACUUCUUUAUCAGGGGCCACCUCAUGCCAACAAGUUUGUGUAAACAUUUCUGCUGUACACUUUCCAUGUCUCUAUCACAUAUAGGAGAGUUGUUAAUGUGAUUAUCCUUUCAGCUUAGGGACAAGAUUAAGACUCCUUCACUCCCAGACGCUCUUUGAGAGUCUUCCAAAUGCAACAUUUGCCUUUGAAAUUCUGUUGUUGAUCUCAUUAUAUAUUGUUACUUACUGGAAGAGGUUGCUGCCCAAAUAAUUGAAUUUUUCCUCUGCUUAUACAUUCUGUCCCCUCACUGAAUUGUUGGGUUCAUUAUAAACUUUCCGGGAGCUGACUGGUGUAAGAUUUCUGUUUUUUUGUAUUGAUAGUGAGGCCAUAGUUGUCACAGGCCUAAGUAAAGUGCCAUAUUUUCAGUUCUGAGCUUGCAUUUAAGCAAAUAAGAGGUCUCAACUAACAGUUUAUUUUAACUAAAGCUGCACGUUUUCAAAAUUAAUUUCAAAGCUAAAUAAGGAGGGGUAGGGGACUAUCAUUAUAAAAAAAAAAAAAUCAUUUCUUCUAUCAAUGAUAAAAAGAUUAGCUUGCUGUUAUUGGAAAGCUGAAAGCCAUGUUUUUUCAAUUGAAUACUAUUUUUUAUUUAUAUCAGAUGUUAUUGAAAAUUUGAGCUGAAGUACCUAACUCCAUGGUAAUAGACAGACUAACUCAACUCAAUGGCCUAACUUUCACAUUAGCAACUUUAAAUAUUUAUAAUUUAAACAAUAUUUAAGACAUAAGGUUUGUGCCACACAAAUCAGCCAGUAAAUCACCAAAUUCAAAUUAAUUGGUUUAACAUAUUGGUCAGAAUGCCGUAAAAGCAACCUACAUUGCAAAUCUACACAACAGCAGUUUCAGGAUUAUAUUAUAUUGGUCAUCCUUCUCAUUCAAAGAUGACCAACGCUUUGACUUGAGUAGUAGCCUUGACUUGAGCUGUAUUUUAUUUAAACUUAGGGAGAGUUCAUCAGUCUCACUCUCUCAUCCUUACCUAUUUGUUGCAAUGGCAAGAUUUAAUUAAGAUGACUGAAAAUAGACCAGGUUGCAGUAGAUGACCAGCAGUGUUGCUUGUGUCUCACUGUGCUUUUACGAUUCUACAUCCCAGGAGCUGUUGAAAAUUUCAUUGUCAAUAUCAUACUGCCUACGGGACUCCAUCUCUGGAUUUGAGUUCAGAGUUUGCCUUCUGUUAGAUGAGUUGGCAUCCAAGAUUAAUGAGGCCCAUCCACCCGGGAUGCUGCUGGUGUUCUUUUAGCUUGUCUAGGCUUUUGCUGGGGAUUGAACUCCAGUCCACCAGCUUGUGAUUGACUCAGCUUAUUCCUCUUGGGCACCCUUCAGGAUUAUAGAAAGACCAUGAUAGCAGUGGAUGGACUUUGUUAAGGACAUCCUCAAAGUCAACAACAUAAAUCUUCAGCAGGCCUCUCACACCUUGCUACAGAUGUCCAAAUGCUCCUACCAUCUGAUGCCUCCCCUGGUAGAAGUGGACAGAAGACAUCAGACGAUUGCAUAAAUCCACCUAUAAUUUAUUGAGGUGCAGAGAAAGGAUAAACCCAGCUCUCCCCAUAAAAAUAAUACACAACCCAUGAGCAUGACCAAGGAUGCACUUGAACCCUGCAAAGUCACCAAAAAUAUUACCUACCAGUGAAAUUGAGGCAUGUAAAAAGUUUUUUUUAAAAAUGUUUAUCUAGUUCAAUACCUUAAUUUAUAUGAGAAAUUCAUUGUUACAAUUAAUUUGAAUUUAAUGAAUUUUUUUUUUUUAGAAAUGAUGAAGGAGUCAAAACUUACAAACUUUCAACAAAGACACUUACAACAGACUUUGAAAGGUAGGAUUCUGUUUGAGCAGUUUUGAAUUAGUCCUAUAUUAUUCAUUUAUAAUCCUUUUAUUUGCCAAGCUUUGAUUAAAAAAUGUUUGGGGGUCAUGGUGUAAUACAUGAAAAAUGUGGUAAUAUACAUCAGGGUCAUGUUGAAUCAAUCUAUAAAAAAAUGCCAACAUAUGAAAUAUUCUAAAUUUAUUUAAUUUUCUGAUUUAAUUAUUAUUUUAAAAAUUUACAUCAAUAAUAAAAACAAUUUGUGGGUGAACUAAUAUUUGCAUUUUAAAUUUUAUAAGCUUAAUGAGUGGUCUUUAUACUGAAGUAACAAAAACUAAUUUCACUUUAAUUUUUCUUCAUACAAAUGUAUUAAUGUAUUAAAUUAUAUUUAAUAAAUUGAAGAUAUUUCCCAUUGUUAUACAAGUAAUAAUGGAAGCUUCUUGCGCUACAAUUAAAUUUUAUCAAAAUUAAUCUUAACAUUAAUACUUAAUACUUGGGAUUUCAGACACAUCCAGUUAUUUUGAAAAGAGCAAAGUUUGCAAAUAUUCAAAACAGUUAUAAGUUAUAAUUAAAUGAAAAAGGAAUGAAAAUUACAAACGAUAAUAAUUUCUACUUAAAAAUGUUUGGUUCACGUGGGGGGGGGGGUGUUUACAGGUUUAGAUUUCACAGGCUGGCAAUUCAAAUACCCACUAACGACCAAGAAUCCUUCCCAAAUUAUAGAUUUGAUAAUUAAAUGAAAAAGGAAUGAAAAUUACAAACGGUUAUUAUUUUUACUUAAAAAUGUUUGGUUCACGUGGGGGGGGGGGGUGUUUACAGGUUUAGAUUUCACAGGCUGGCAAUUCAAAUACCCACUAACGACCAAGAAUCCUUCCCAAAUUAUAGAUUUGAAUCUUGGUCUAAAUUACAAUGUGCUUUGUGUGAAAGUUUUAAAAUAAAGUUUGAUAAAGCAGUGGGAGAUUGUCAAGCUACUCAUUAAAAGUCAUUUGUAAAAAAUGCCUUUCUUACUAUAAUAAAUUGUUGUUAUACUAAUGACUAAAAUACAUAUGCUUACUCCAAUUAGCAGUCUAUUGUGAAGAGAUUUGAAUUAUUAUAGGAAAUGGAGCUUGGUGGCUUGUGGUUAAAUACAAAAAAAGCUUUUGCCCACUCACUAUAGACCACCUUUGAUUUCAACAAUUGUAAUCUGCACUUAAACAUUUCUAUACCAUUUAAAUUAGUAAUGAUCUAGAAGUAAGCACAAACUUCCAGCUUAAAUGAAACAUAAUAGUUUCUCCAAACUUGGCAAUAUUUAACUGUUGCCAAUAAAUAGUUUAAAAACUGAACAGGCACCAGUUUGAAGAAAUAAAAAUAAAUCAAAGAGCAGGCAAAAAAAAAUGAUGCUACUAAAACAUUGUCAAAAUCCGUCUUUUAAAUAUCUUUAAAUCACACAGUUAGGCAAUAAAAAAUUGCCCCAUAAAAAGAAGUCCUAAAAACAAUACAGCUAAUAUUCCUAAUGUAAAUCUAUAUAUAUGACUACUUUUAAUGCUUAUUAAAAAUUAAUUAUAUUGAACUUUUUUUUUUCAACUAUACAGUAUAAUUGUGUAACUGUCUUUUAAAGAAACUAAUGUUGAAUGCAUUAUGGUACACUAGAAGUAGGAAUGUCAGAACUAAAUUGUGGGGGCUUGAUAGCGGGGGUAGUGGCAUUGUUUGUCUGAGUAUAGUGUUGCAAAAGAAGAGCUCUUUGGUAUAGAUAAUUCUGUUUGUAAAAAACAAAGCAGCAAUACUUUUUUUUUAUAAUUCCAUCUUUUCCAUCUCAUCCUCUAUUUUUAAAUAUGGGUGAUGCUGUUAUCACAUUAGAUGCCAGUGGACGAAAUCAUUCACACUGAACUAUUUUCAUUACAGGAACAUUUAAUCAAAAAUAAUACUUGCAGGGAUUAUUAAUGUAUUUAGCUGUUGAGCACAUGGCAUGGCUUUUAGGAAAACGAAUACGAUUUGUGCUAAAUUAAUGUUAUUGAAUCAUUUUGUUUUUCCAACAUUUUUCUGUAUGAUCAUCUUUAAAGACUGCUCCGGUGAUUGCGCUUCUCUAGUAAUAAAUUCAUGGCUCAUUCAACUCAGUGGCUUUUAUUAUGUAGUGAAAUCUUCCAAAGUCUUGAAUAUCUAAAGUAUAACUUUUUUCAUGUUUUUAAUCCAAUUCUAUUAUUUGUUUUAGUUAAAAUUUAAAUGGUGUAUAAUGUGGCUGGCCCGCGUGUACUUUAAACAUAACUAGCACACACAACGGUUGCGUAUUUCGUCUUCACGGCCAGUCACUCUGGACAAGAUAACAGGAUUGGGCUGGGCAAAGUCUAACCUUUGAUUAACGUAUCACUAAUGACUGUCAUGGUAGUCAAUGGAAAUGGAGAUUCUGAGAUAAUUUAAUGCCAUGAUUCAAAUGUUAGUUAGAGAGGCCUAUUAUUGAUCCUUUGUGCUGAUGUAGCAAAAUUGAAGGGAAUGAUUUUUACUUGUGCUACAGCUAAUUUGUGUGUAAAUAGCGGAGAUGAAAACUGUGGGUGAACAGUAGAGAUAAAUAUUGUGAAAGAAAAUUAGUUGAAAUAAAUCUGUAACGCCUGUUACUGACACAUUUAAUAAUACUGUACGCAACAUUUUAAAAAUAUCCUAACAUUUGAAUGGACAUUUCUAAAAAUGAUUUUCAAAAAAUAAAACAUUAUAUCAUUGUGCCAUCAGGACAAAUUAAAUUAUUUUAACUUAGGUAAGAAAAGAAUUGGGGAUGCAAAUCAUCUAUCCUGUGGCAAAUUUUUCCAUUAUAUGGACAUCUUUCAUGCUGACAGACACCUCAUGGACUUAAUAUAUAUAUAUAUGUAAAUAUAUAUCGUUAUAUUUUAUAUAUAUAUACACAUAUAUAGGGCCUACUAACGACCCAGACAUCUCUCAGGCUGACAGACAGACACCUCAGGGACUUCAUAUUUAUUUAUACUAACAAUUGUUCUUUAUUUGAUGAAUGCUUGAACCAGGGGGAGGCUAUCUUCCAACGCAGGUUGCACCAACAUCAUCAAAAACAGAAAAUAGAAAAUUAAAAAAUAAAGCCCCACUACCUAAAGUGCUCAAUCCCAAGUGAGUACAACAAAUAAGAAGAAGUCAGAAAGUGCAUUAAUGUCCUAUUACAGACUCAUUUUGUUCAUAUGUUUUCAACAUUUUAAAUUUUAAUAUAAUAUUUCUCUCUCUAAUUCUCUCCUUCUCUCUCUCUCUCUCUGACUCACUUUCUCUAUCUCUUUCGAUACAGCAUGAGUUUAAGUCUCGUUCUCAACAGGGUAAAAGUGAUAUUUAAAAAUAUUGUUAAAGUGAGCCUUAAUUUUUUCAUCCAUCAGAGUGUACACUGGUGGUGUUAGAACAAAAAGUACCAUGCAGGCCAUGGGGGCAUUUGAAAAGCCUGAAUAUGUACCAGCUAGAGGAGGUCAGUUCUCUAUCUAAUCAGCUUCAAUUAACCCUAAAAUAUGGUCAUUUAUUUUAUUAAUUAAAUUCAUUUAAUUUUAAAAUGAUAACUGGUUCAAUAAUUAAAAUGACAAAUAAUUAAUUUAUUUAUUGUUUUCUUAAUUAAAACAAAUUUAAUUUCAAUCAAUAGCCAAUGUGAACGUUGAAAUUUAUUUUUUCUUAAAGUAACAGUCAGCAUAUUAAGAACAUAAAAAAAUAUAAAAAAUUCUCGCAUAUUAUUUUCUUGUGAAUCCAGCAAUGAGGUCAAUAAGAGAGAAAGAGAGACUUGCAAACAUCAUGGCAUAUGGAGAGGACAAGCCCAAAGUUUCUGCUAAACACCCUCCUAUAGAAAUUGAGUCUCCAGCCCCACGUGAUAGAUUUGACGAAUGUGAGUAAUUUAAAUAUAUUCCACUCUCAUUUCAGCCAAUGGGAUUUGGCAGCAGCAUAUCUUUUGUUUUAUCACAGAUCAGAGGUUUCUCACAAAGUUUAAACCAUGAAUAUCCUUCUUGUUGAGGGAUGUUUGAAAUCGCUUUAAAUUGCUGAUCCUAUUUAUAUAAAUUGCCGAGAUGGGAUUAUUUGUCAAUGACACAUAAAAGGUUGAGAUGAUGAACUUUGGAAGAAUUAUUGUUUUUAAAGAUGACAUUUAUGAACCCAGACUGGCAUUAAAAUAUAAGGCACUUUUUUUUCUAUAAUGUAUUACAUUUUCUCUUGUUGGCUUAAUGAAUAUGUAAUUAUUUCAAGCCAUGGUCUUGAUAUGUGUUGUCUGUAUUAAAAAUGAUUUUAAAAAUAUUUAUGUCCUGAAAUAAUUUUGCACUUGACUUAACAAAAUUAAAAAAAAAAAAGAAAAAGAUUCUUCUAAUGUUUAAAAUUAAAGAGUCAAUUAUAAUGCUCAAAAGAAUUUUACCACAGCUCUAAAUUAAACAGAUUUUACUGACACUUCCCACUGUGUUUCAAAUGAUUGGUAAUUUAUGGAAAUUUAUAAUGGCACAAAGUUGACACUGAACUUUGUCUUUGUACAACAAGUUUAGGACAUUAUCAAAUUCCCCUGCUUCAUCCUAUUAGAGUGUCAGGGUCUAAUUAUCUUCUUAUUGAGCUCAGGUAAACAAUUUGGGGCCUUAAACAAUUGGGUCAGUCCAUUAGCAUUACUUGAGGCCAAGUCUCAAUUUUUUUUAGCUGAAUUAACCUCUCCCAAUCUGGCAGAUUCCUGUGUCAUGUGGUUAAAUAUACCAUAUGACACUUUGUCAACAAAUGUAUUAGAGCCAACUCUUGGGUAAGCCCCUUUUUAUGACCACAAUUAGAUUAAAUCAUAUUUACUGGGAAGGUGAAAAUAUAUCCUUCUAGUGGAUCUCAAAUAGUUUAAAGACAUCAACUAACCCAACAUAUUAUUGUCUAUAUUAUACUAUAAACACAUCAGAUCUACUUAAACUCUCACUCAUGAUUUUUUUAAUGGACUCUUAAAUAUUUAUAUAAAAAACUUUAAAAUGUGUAAGAAGCUAUCUAGCAGUCUUUUAUAGGGAAAAGAGUCUUAAAUAUUUAUGAUGAAUGGAAAGUGGACAUGUUACAUUUUCAUCUACAUACAUGGUGCAGCUGGUGAAAAAUGCACAUAAACGUACAAGACUUUUUAGCUUUUUAUCUUCUACGUUAAUUAAUAUACAAAUUUUGCACACACAAAAAGUUUAUUAAUUAACUUGGAAAAACUUUAGCUGUUAGCUAUUAAAUAAAUUUGUAAUUAAUUUUGUGAAACUCAAGUUCUGAGAACCACUUCAAUUGUGAGAACUGCUGUAGUGGCAUAUGGCUCAGCCUCAAUGCUCUUAAUAGACCUAAACGAGGGGAGAGAAAUCAAUAAAUCCAUAACAUUCCCUGAUUUUCCCAUUCAAAAGGUACUCAGCAAUGAUUGGAUUUAAAAUAGAUUUUAUUUUCUUCUCUGGUUCUGGUAAAUUAACUUAGAGUUAGAGCCCUUGUGCAUGUCAGAUAUAAUUAAUUGCUCUAAGCCUCAGUUCCUGUCAAACUUUUCAGCCGCAGUCAAUAUGACUUACUGUCUCUUUAAUUUUACAAGCAUCCUCUUUAUUUAAACAAAUCUUGGAGAGGAGACACAUCAUUAGUGCUAGGAUUUAGACCAGAUAACAGUAAACACUAUAUCGUGAAUGUUAGGAUUAUUAAGACCACGUUACAGUAAGCACUUUAUCAAGGUAGCUAGGACUUAUACCAUGUAACAGCAAGCAUUGUUUCAUGAGUUCUAGGAUUUAGACCACGGCACAGUACAUUGUCAUUUAUUCAUCUGUACAGUUGCUUGAUCUAAAAAUAUAUGAAAGGCAGCUAUCAAAAAAUAUAAAUAUACCAUUGGGAACAUUGGCAAAUCCUUAUUAUUUUCUUAAUUAACUUGAUACUUAAUCAAUCUUCAGUCUUAAAACAACAACAAAAAUUACCGUAUAUUUUUCAGUUCUUCAUAAAACUCAUGAUAUGGUGUUGUGUUUGUUUAUUGAUAGCAUGACAGAAGAGAUGUUGCCCUAGUAUUGUUAAAUGCUGUGUCUUCCUUCAUUGUCAUUGUUUGCAUCAUUGGCACAGGAGGUAAGGGGCAGCAAGCCUCUCACUCUAAAGACAUUUUAAGAGUAUUGCCCCCUUUUUUUUUACAACACGAAAGAUGUGUAUCUUAACGACACCAUAUUUUCAAGCUUUUGCUUUCCCUGUUGUAAUAACUGUUACUAGCUGUUGCAUUUCAAAUAUUUUAUUCAAAAAUGUAUUUAUUUUACUACCUGUAGUUUAUCUAAAAGUCAUUAAAUUUUUUUUUUCACUGCCUACAAUAAUCGUUAAAUUAUUUAUUUAUUUAUUUCACUACUUUAACGUGCCCAGCAGUUGUAAACAGGAACGCGGAGUUGGGAAUCAGAUUCAUCAGACCCAUCAGACCCACAUGAGACUGUCUCAUUUUUCUAUCUUAGAAAAUGGGAUUUUGUGAUUUCACUCUAGUCUUUUUUAUACUGAGUUUACUUCACAUGCCAAGCUUGAAGUUAUCAAUUUUUUUUAAAUGGACAGUUUUGCUGGCCUAGCGUGGCCAUGGCCAAAAUGUCAACUUUCAAUAAAAUCAAUAUCAUUGACUUAAUCUUCAGUACAAAGUGAAAUAGAGGACAGACAAAGCUUCCUGAAAGAGAUGGAAGCCAUAGGUAAAGGAGACAAGUACAGAACAAUUAUUGCCACUGAGAUAUCACAGGUGAGUAGACAAAAAUACACCAAUUACAUAAGUGAAGUGGAGAUAUGGCAUAUUCUUUUUUUUUUAAUAACUGAAUUAAAUGUUGGUACACAUUACGUAAUAAGUAGAAAAGUCUCACUUUUUCCAAAUUAACUAAAUUUUCUAAUUCAUUCAGCUUACAGUUGUUUUUUUGUGUGCAUUUGUUGGAUAACUUUUUUUUUAUUACAAAAGUCAAUUUUUAAACCUGGUUUUAGAACAGUGGUUCUCAACCUUCCUAAUGUCGUGACCGUUUAAUAUAGUUCCUCGUGUUGUGGUGACUAGGGGUGGCAAUACCGGUCCCUUUUACCAAAAUCUGUAUUUUCGAUAUUGAUGUUUACGAACACCGGAAUCCCGAUAUUUUUUAUAUUUUCAAUAUAUAGUGAAUUUUUAGUCGAGAUAAGAUGUGACGAUUUAUCAAUGAAAUAAAAACAUUCAAUAGCUUUAUUAAUCAAAUAUUAAAAUAAUUUGUGUUGUUUUAAUCUUUGGUCAAAUUUUAAUAAUGAGAUCAUAAGAAUGACAAUGUGUCUAAUGUUUGGUUGCUUGAUAUUGACCGCAAAUGGUUACAAAAAUAACCUCAUGAUAAGAACACCCGCUCAGACUCCACACUGGUCGGAGAAAUAGACCUUAGGCUAUCAUAUGCAAUUUCUAUAUAUUUUCCUCUUGAACCACCAUUCUCAAAUAAAGCUAUUUCUAUUUUUACCCAUGUAUCAAUGUCUCCAUCCGUUGGUCUGGAAGUAUUAUCCUGAGCCUGAAGUUUCUUUUGUAUUUCAAUUAAAAAUUGUCUCUUAAGCAGCAGUUGUCUUCAGGUGCGUAAUGCUCGGAUCCAAGAUGUUCACUCUCAUUGUCCAUAGAUAUUUCCAAUGAAGAAUCUGCUGUUUGGCCAAGCUUUUGAAUAUCCACUAUAUUUUUUCGCAUCUGGUCGAAAUCUGGCCUUAGAAAAACGUCCAAUUAGUCAUUUGACAAAUCAAAGUGCGUCUUAGGGUUGUUCAAGUACUUCUUCAAUGUUGAAGCAACCAACAAUCUGCAUUCUUUAAUCCGAUGCUUCAGAGAGGCAACAUGUUCACAUGCAACUAUUUCAUGAUGCAUGGCAUCUAAUUUUUUAAACAUAAACAUCAAAGCCGCAUUAGAUGUCAUUAAGUUGGCCUUACUUUUGCAAAGUUCUUCCACAGUUGCUUUCAGAAUUUCAAAUAUUUUGCUUAGAUUAAACAGCCUUUCAAAUUCGACUUGAGAUAUGUCAAGAUCGAUUUUUAAAUCUAUGAGCGCUUUCUUAAUAGGAUUUUUUAGUCUCACUAUCCUAUCUAACAUGUAUGGUAAACUACUUCACCUUGUGCUGCAAUCUAAAAUCAAACUAAGCUCACGACCAAUUUCUUCUUUAACAUAAUUCUGAAGAAUUGUAUUUUUGGUAGGCGACUUUCUGAAAAUUUUUGCAAUUUUUGGCGCUUUCCCAAUUAAAUCUUUGACAAUAAAUACACAAUUUCGAUUGAUUUCAACUGUAACAUGAAAACCAAAGUUGUCAUUAUCAUCAUCACAGUCAAAAUCAUCAGAAUCGUUGUCUUCUUCAGGGUGAUGUUCUUGAGGUUGAAGAGUUUGUUUUUUUUGUUAUCAAGGACGUCUAAGAUUUUCCAGCUGUGCACCGUGAGCAAAACGCUGUUAAUGGUAAAGCGCUGCUUCACAUCCUAAUACGGUCAUCACACUGGCACCGGUCAUCCCACUGGCACCGGUCAUCCCACUGGCACCGUUUGUAGUUAUGCAGAUUAUAUCAUCUUUCAAUGACAAUUCAAAAAGCGGAUAGCCUGUUUUCCAACAAAUGUAAAUAUGUUCUGGCCAGCAUGUUGCCAAUCCCUCUUACUGGGCCAAGAUUGACAAACUCAUUGGUUAACAUAGGACUAUGAAUGUUUACGUUCAUAAAACGAUGAUCUCCCCAACUCGUCCAUUCAUCCAGUGUCAGAGACAGCUUAACUCUUUCUUCUUUCAGUUUAUGCAGUUUAGUAAAUCAAAGUCGUUUUAAUUGUAUCACUGUGCGUUACCAACAGGUUUUUAAUUGAAUUAGAAGAUGUAGGCAAAUCGUAGCCUAAUUGCUUCAUGAGUCAUCUUUGAUCAUUAGAAGUUGUGAAAAAACUGAAGCUGCUAUAAGAGAAACUGUUUCUGCUAAGCUGGUUGAACUUGAAAAAUAGUCUGUUAAUUUUCUUUAUUUUUUGGUGUUUUAUCUUCUGUGUCGGCGGAAAUUUUAGAACAAGAUGCCUAGAAAUCUAUGCUCUUGGAGUACCGGUACCAGAAAUGGUAAUAUCUUUCAUGACAUUUGAAUGUGCAGACUUUAAAUGAGUGUGAAAGUCUGAAGUUGUGCCUCCCCAUGUUUUGAGUAUUUUGUUUCAUGUAAUGCAUUUAGCAAUUAUGAGGUGUCUGUAGCUUUCAAGAAAUAAUACCAAACUGAUGUCUUAGUUUCCGAUAUUUUCAUAUGCUUUUCAAAUUUAGGUUAUUUUUUUUAGGGUCCCCCAUUUCUUUCAAUCAACCUGAAGGGAAAUUAAAUCAUUAACAAAAAUGUAUUUAUUGAAUCAAAUUGGUUUGACGUGUACAACGUUAUAAAAAAAAAUAAAAAUAAUUUUCGUGUAAUUGUUUGACUAAGUAUGGUACAGAAAAACUGGGACAUUCAGUCAUGUAAAUGUUUGGCUAGGUACGGUACAGACAGCCUGGGACAAAAUAGCUCCAAAAUCAAUUAUGAGGUGAAUUAUGAAUAUUGUUGUCACAAAAUAGAAGUAACAUAAUUUUUAUGUGUCUUAAACUUAGGGGGUUUGAUUAUCAUAAUACGGAGUAGCUCAUAGUUUUAAAUGUGUAGAUACUUUUAUAUAAUUAAAGGAAAUCAAGCAAUCAAACAUUUCUGUUAUACAAAGUUGACCCAGUGAUUCUAGUACAACGUGUUAUUAUUUCCAUACAAUUCAUGUUACAAACAAACUGUUAAUGUAAGUCAACGUUUGGUCUUCAUUCUACUAUACCAAUUACUUUUUUGUCAGUAAUAUGAAAUUAUUCACUUACCAAUCCUGUAGGACCACAUUCACGUCACGACUCAUAUCUCCACUUGCACACUACACAGGCGUGAUGUAAAAACAAAACUGAUCACAGCGCCAUGAUUCUUGACAUUCUUGAACAGUACACAGAUCUAGCCUGUCGGUCGGCUCUCUUUGAACAAGAGACACUUGGUGUGAGGGCUUCGUACUUGCACAUCACAUAAAUUUUUUAUAUGUCUCGCUUUAACUACGACUUGGAAACUGAGAAAAGCCAUAAAUAUAUUUUUUUAAUGAAAUCCGAGUAAUUUAAAAAAUCCCAGUUUUCAUAAAUCAAAUCCCGUUCUUUUCUAGCAUCCUUUAUAGUCCGGUAUUUUUGAGAGUCGGGAUCCCGGAUUUCGACCCCUAGUGGUGACCCCCACACUAUAAAAUUAUUUUCAUUGCUACUUUAUAAAUAGUGUUUUCCGAUGGUUUUAGGCGACCCCUACCCCUGUGUAAGAGUCGUUCGAACCCCAAUGGGGUCGUGACCCACAGGUUGAGAACCGCUAUUUGAGAAAAUGUGGAAUACAAAUUUGUUUCAUCAACCUCAAAGUACAAACAAGUCAGAGAAAAUGAUUUUUUAUGUACAUAUAUAUAUAUACAUCUUUCGUGUUGACGUGGAAUAUUUGUUUCAGUUGGUGAGAGAGAUGGAACUGAUUGACAAGAAAAGAUCAGCACAGUUACAAACAUUACUGGAGCAAGAAGAGAGGAAGAAUAACGCAUCGUGAAGCUUUAUUAACAUUUGCAUACACUUUUAAAACUUGUCUUUUAUUCUGCAUUUCACCUUUUGACUUUCAAUAGAUGUUAUGCCCUCAGCCAAAAGCUGUGAAAUGUUCAGUAGACGUUACGCUCUCAUCAAAAAGCUGUGAUAUGUUCAGUAAUCUGACAUCCCUGAAGAUAAUUUUGUAUGCGGUUUCACAAUGUCUGGCAGUCUCUCCCUCUAUACCCUCUUAAUUGUUGACACUGCAUCAGUGUUUAAGUCGGGUUGUUAAAUUCCUUUGGAUUUAGCAAUUAUAUAAUUAUACACGCAUUUCAGUCUAGGCUUUUGCCAGGUAAACGCACAAAACAAAUCUAAAUAAUAAAACAGGGUGUUAUUAUGACACAAACAGAUUUCACAUUAAUAAAGCAGGGACAGACUUUUGGUUGCACAUUUUCACAUUAGCAGUAUUUAGUUACAUUUUUUUAACAUAAUUCUGAAGUUUAUAUGCUUGAUAAAUUUGAGUGUGUCUUUUAGCUUAGUUAUUCAUGUUAUUGCUGAGAAUUUCUGUCUUAGAAACAUUUGUUAUAUUUUUUCUUGCAAUAAGGAUGCAAAGAAAUUUCAUUCCCAUAACAAUAAUUUUCAAUAAUAUACUUGUUUGGAAGUAAAUUGUUGCAGAGUUUUUUUACUUUUGGAACUGAAGCUCAGCAACCAUUUUUUGAGUGAACAGCCAUUUUUAUCUUAUAUUUGUUAUGUAAGAAAAUAUCUAGGAAGCCCCAGGCAGGAGCAGAUAAGUGAAAAAGACCAGCAUCUACUUUUUCAAAGAGCCACAUUGGGAUCUGGAUAAGUGUCUUGUUUUUAUGUCGUAUCAUACACUUUCAUUUCUAUACAAAUAUUUUGUUGUUUGAUAAAUUGAAUUUACCUCAUGUCUGAUAAAGUAAUAUCACCUCAAUAAUUUGUAAUUUAUUUAUUAAGAAAAAAAAACAAGUUUUUUUUCUUCAUUAAACACUGCAGCAAAAUGUUAUAGCUUGUUUUCAAAGAUUUUUUUAAAUUCACAUAUGGAGUAUGUUUCAAUUCCACAAAACUUGUCCUAUUUUAUGAGUUAUUAUUGACACAAUUGAGGUGCAAAUGUGUAAUUAUACGUCAGAAAAUUUCUGACAAAGCUGAUUUAAAAAAAAAAAUUCAAUUAUUGUGCCCCCCCCUCUUAAUCAAUGGUGGGCCUCUACAAUAAAUCAUUGAAGUUUCCUUCAGCCGUAAGCUGGUUCCACCAUAACUUAUUUUACUUGGAUGUUUUUAACACACGGGAAACGAGGGCAAUGAGAAUCUAGGGAAAUGCACCGCUACUGGAUUAUAGGCAUGUAUAAACUAACAAACCAUCAUUUAUAAAUAAACCUUUCUUUGGUGUUUAAAAUAAAAACAAAUAACUUCAAGGUGAAAAUUGUAUCUUUUAUUUGGAACUUUUAAAGUAUUCCAACAUCUUUGUUUAGUCAGCCAAACAUUUUUUCUCAACAGAGGCUCAAAGAAUGUGAUAUUUUAUUGUAAGUCAAGUCAAGCCUUAAAACAUAUUAUGGCUGAGAGAACAAGGCAACAUUGUGAAAACAAUUAGCUUAUCCCAGCAAAUGCAAACAGUCUUCAUCCUGAUCCAAGUAAACCUAGUCUCAAGUGAAAGCCUUUAUCACUCCAAAAGACAAGCUCUUCACACAUGCAUCUGUGAACGCAUCUAACAAACAAAACAUUCAUCACAUCCGUUAUUUCAUUUGAUUUCACUAUUUCAGCGUAACAAUCUACCUGUCGAGCGUAUAGAUCUAUAUCACAAUGUAUUGAUCACCCCUUGGACGCCAACAACAGUGUCGACACUUUGAUGAUCACAUUCGUUUAAGAAAUAGUUUUAACAUUAUGUCACAAGGUAUUGCUUAAACUUUAAAAUAUCAACAGCCAAUGGUGAUUGACAUAAUAUAGACAUUUACUUUAAUGCAGUCUAAGAAGUCGGUCUUAUCAUUGUUCCGUGCUGAAUUAAAAUCUUGCAUAGUAUUAUGCAUGUGGGCUUAACGCACAGCCCUUCAUCUCACAGUGUUCUGUCAUUUAUCUCAGUGUUCAGUCCUCUAUCUCAGUGUUCUGUCAUUUAUCUCAGUGUUCAGUCCUUGAUCUCACAGUGUUCUGUCAAAUGUUCAUCACAUAGCCUAAAAGCUUAAAUUUCAACCACACCCACUGUGGCACACCCACAUAGUCAAAUGAUAUGUUUUAGGCAUGUUAAGACACUUGUCACACCCACUGUGGCACACCCACAUAGUCAAAUGAUAUGUUUUAGGCAUGUUAAGACACUUGUCAAGUAAAAAAAAAAAAGUAUUUUUGUUUUUAACCAGAAAAAAAUGUUUAAUCCAUGGAUACUACAUUGUAGUAGGGUAGUUGUAUCUCUUACAUCUUAUCAAUUAGGGUAGUUGUAUCUCUUAUAUCUUAUCAAUUAGGGUAGUUGUAUCUUUAUAUCUUAUCAAUUAGGGUAGUUGUAUCUCUUAUAUCUUAUCAAUUAGGGUAGUUGUAUCUCUUAUAUCUUAUCAAUUAGGGUAGUUGUAUC